CACAUGAAGUGAGUAUAAACAUGCAUCGCAGGAAGACUGCAAAAUCGGUCAGCAACCCACCGCCAAUUGAAUCGGUGCCCAAGAAACCCGCAUUCGAUGGAGAAAGCGACAUACAAUUUGAGCUGGAACUCUAUUGGUGCGUUCAUCAGCUCCAAACCGCUUUAAACACCGGCAAAUUGAGCCAAAAAAUUGCGGAAAAUGCGGCCAAAAACUUAAAAACAUUAACGAGCCAAACAGCACCUCUCAUAAAAAAGCGUCAGGUUAUGAAAAUUGCCCUGGGCGAUUACCGGUCUAAAAUGCAACAGGAAGAAAAGAAGCUGCUGCUGGCUUCGAAACAAAUCAAAUUUACGCCCGCGACUGAUGCAAAUAAAGAGUCCAGGUUCGUCAAAAAAUCAGCCCUACUAACUUCCGGAAAGGAUUUUCGUUUUGACUUUGCUGUGCCCACUGAUAACGCUACUGAUUCCGAUGUAACUCCAUCAAUUGCCCAACCAGCGACAUCAGCUGUGUGUGAAUCUGAGGUCUCCUCGCUGACAACAAGCCGGCUUACAAACGAUGGAACCCAGUUCAAAUUUAACUUUGCUAUUGAUAAUGCACCCGACGAUAUCAAUUUCAAGGAUUUAGCGAUAGCGCAAACAAUUGUUAAAUAGCUAGUCCCAAAAACACAUACAAAAUAAAUAAUAAUGUAGUUAGUAUUCUUAUA